AUGUCCAACAGCAGCUCCAUCAGCGAGUUCCUCCUCCUGGCCUUCGCAGACACGCGGCAGCUGCAGCUCCUGCUCUUCUGGCUCUUCUUGGGCUUCUACCUGGCUGCCCUCCUGAGCCACGGCCUCAUCAGCACAGCCAUAGCCUGCGACCACCGCCUGCACACCCUCAUGGACAUCUUCCUCCCCAACCUCGCCCUCCUCGACCUGGGCUCCAUCUCCAGCACUGUCCCCAAAGCCAUGGCCAAUGCUCUCUGGGACACCAGGGCCAUCUCCUCCACAGCAUGUGCUGCCCAGUUGAACAAGCAGCUGUGCUGGUAUCAGUGCAAUGCUCUCAUCUCCGCUGUUUCUGUCAUUGAAGCUCCACUUCCAGCCCCCAAACCCGUGGUGAUCUCCCUGCUUGAAGGAGGGGAAGAGCCCUGGAUCCCUGGUGGGCAUAGCCCUGAGGCGACGGCAGGAGACCUCAGCCCAGGAGGUGAUGGGAUCACAAAUAUCAAGGAGGACCUGCAGAAAAGCGGUGUGGCCGAAAGGCAGUGGGGUAGUGCCUCCGUGGAAGAAAUCGGAAGGGAUGUCCAUGUGGGCUUUGAGCAAGCCGAGCCCUUCAAGAAGCCACUGGGAAAGCACCUGAGAAAGACAGCAAGAAACCCGCUGGACUUCAGAGCAGGUCAGAAGCAGCCUGAAGACCCCAGGUGCAAGGAUGUGGACUCUGCUGCUUCUUCUGACACACGUGUUUUGUGUGGGAAACGCUGUAAAAGGUAUUCCAACCUUGUUAAUCACCAGCACACGCUCUCAAAGGAGAGACUGUAUAAGUGCUCUGAUUGUGGAAAGAGCUUCAAAUGGAGAUCCCAGCUCAUCUGCCACCAGAGCAUUCACUCAGGAGAGAGACCCUACAGUUGUCCUGAAUGUGGGAAAAGCUUCAAAAGAAGUUGUGAUCUGAAGCACCACCAGCACGUUCACACAGGAGAGAGACCCUACAAGUGCCAGGAGUGUGGAAAGGUCUUCCAAAACAGUUCCAACCUCACAAUACACCAGCGCAUCCACACAGGAGAGAGACCCUACAAGUGCCAGGAGUGUGGGAAGAGCUUCAGAAGCAGAGCUGAACUGAAGUACCACCAGCGCAUCCACUCAGAAGAGAGACCCUUUAAGUGCCCUCAUUGUGCAAAGAGCUUCAAAAGGAAUUCCAACCUCAAUAGACACCAGCGUAUCCACACAGGAGAGAGACCCUAUAAGUGUCCUGUGUGUCAGAAGAGCUUCAAAAGGAAUUCUCAGUUGAAGCAACACCAGUGCAUCCAGUCAGGAGAGUGUCCAUAUAAGUGUGCUGAGUGUGGGAAGAGCUUCGAAAGCAGUACUGAUUUCAGAGUACACCAGCGCAUCCACACAGGAGAGAGACCCUACAAGUGCUCUAAGUGUGAGAAGAGCUUCAAAAGGAUGUCCCACCUCACUUACCACAUGCACAUCCACACAGGAGAGAGACCCUACAAGUGCCAGGAGUGUGAGAAGGGCUUUAUAUGCAGUUCUGAUCUCAAACUACACCAGCGUAUCCACACAGGAGAAAAACCCCUUAAGUGCUCUGAGUGUGGGAAGAGUUUCAGAAGCAGUUCAGACCUCACAGUACACCAGCGCAUUCACACAGGAGAGAAACCAUUUAAGUGUUCUGAGUGUUCAAAGAGCUUCAAAAGCAGCUCCCAACUCAGCCAACACCGGCGCAUCCAUGCAGGAGAGAGACCCUGCAAGUGCUCAGAGUGUGGGAAGGGAUUCAGAAGCAUGUCAAACCUCACAAAACACCAGCGCAUCCACACAGGAGAGAGACCCUACAAGUGCUCUGAGUGUGGGAAGGGCUUUACAAGCAGUUCUAAUCUCAAAUCCCAUAAGCAUGUCCACAGAGGAAGCAGAAAGUAGAAGUGUGUUGUUGUUUAACCCAGCAGGUGGCUCAGCACCAUGCAGUUGUUUUCUCACUCCUUCCCUUCCCUGUGGGAUGGAGGAGCGAACUGGAAAAAAAAACCAUGAAGUAGAACUUGUAGGUUGUUGAGAUAAUGCUUUUUACUGCCACAGAGAAUAGGACAAGGCUAAUAGAUAUGACAAUGUGCACAUUUAUGGAUGUAUAUAACAAGGACGCACAAACAACUGCUCUGGUUUCUGCCAGCGGCUCCAAGUC